AUGCUCGGGAGCGGGCCACCUUGUUGCUGGCACGUCUGGCAGCAGUUGCUCAGCUUACUCGCAACGACGUCUCAUGGUUUUUGGCGCGUGCGGGUGCUCUCAGGUGUGGUGCUGGCCAAGUUCUUUAUGACCCGCAUUCAGGACCAACCUUCGACGUUACCAGCCCUCACGGGCUUGAACGAGCUGCAUAAGAUGAAUAGGACCAUUUUCCACGGCAUGGCUGCUGAAUUAAUGACCGAUAUCAUGAAGAACGUGUUCGUACCGGCCCAGGCCCAACCGCUGCGUCACCAAUGUUUUUUACUCGAUGCUGCCUUGCUAAAGACCCACUUGACAGAGCUCCAGACGCUUGGGCAACAAUUCGUGGUGGGCUUUGUGCAACAGAUUGAUGGCGAAAAGGACCCGCGCUGCUUGACCCAGGCCUUUGACCUCGUUCCGUUUGUGGCAAAAACAUUUGCCUUGACACCAAACCUUACCACGGCCCUGUUUGAGGCCAUUUCAUGCUACUUUCCCAUCACCUUUCACCCUCCCCCAAACGAUCCUUACGGUAUCACCCACGAGGGGCUCGUUGCUGCCCACCAAGCAUGCUUGUCGGCACACGAUGCAUUUGCUGGCCCCACCAUUGAACUUGUCCUUGACAAGCUGGGUAGCACCAUCGACGAGACCAAGAUGCAAUGCUUUGAAACGCUUGCGGUCGUUCUACCCCGCUUCACUGUGCUCAAGCUGCUUCCGUACAUCAACAAAUUGUAUGCAGCCAUCCGUGGUGAAAUUUACGCAACGGCUCAGGAAAAGUCAUGUUAUGGCCUGGUAUGCAGCGAACAAUCGGCACAUGGUGAUGGCAAUUCGCUACUCAGCCGAGGCGAAAGCAGUCUGCUUGCUGUUCAUGGCAAGCUCAUUGUGGCAGCCGCGUUGGCCUCGGCGCGGGCUUGCACCCUCGUUUUUACCGACUACGUUCGCCCAGCCGCCGACGCCCUUAUGCAGACCAGCCAAGACUCGAUGCGUCGUGCCAUUGGUGCCAUUUUGGUGGAUCUUCUUCGAGCUGGCUCCAUGUGUGGACUCGAUGAGUCCCAACGUGGGCUUGUCCUGCCCAUCGCUCAACAGCUCCAGGACAUUAUGGCUGGCUUUGCCUUGACCCGCGACGAUGGCCUGCUCCAGUCUUAUGGCGUCCAAGGCAUGAUGCACUUUUGCGAGCUGGAAGGCAACGCCGUGGAUGAGCGGCAAGCGGUUGAGACAACCCUGCAUGUACUCGAUCAAGCCUCUCCAACCGAACCGCUCGUAGCCUUGGAAGCCGCCCUCGAAUGCUUGGGCCGCAUGUCCCAGCGUAACGCAGCUGUUGUGACUGACCAGCUCUUGCAGCGCCUCGUGGCCUGGGCCACUGGAGACGCCGUCUGGGCACCGAUUGUCGCCAAGCGCUUCCCAGAAUUGUUCCUGCAUGAAAGCGCCGAGCCCUUUGUUGCGCAAAUUUUUAGCACACUAUUUUCUGCGCCGACAAGCUCUGCCACUUUGGGACUGCUACAGUCAUGCAUGGUCGAGGCCAGCAAGCAUGGUGCUCUGGUGCAAUCACUCUUGCCAGACCUGUUUCAACGCCUCAUCGAGGCAGCGUGCGCAGCUGAAACGCUGGGCGCUUCUCCACAGAACCCCCUUUGCCUGGGUCUGGCUGCUCUCGUGGCGAAUGCGAACCAAAGGUUUCUCAUCCUGGCGUCUGUUCCCCAGCAAGCCUCCCAGGAGCUGCAGUUCAGCCUUCUAGCCAAAGCACUCGAUGAAUUGUUGCAGGGGAAUGCCCAAAGUCACCCACUGUGCCAUGCUGUCAUCUGCAACUUGACACGCGAGGUGAGCCCGGCUCUCAAACAAGAGGCGCCCUUGGUUCAGCGCGUGCUGGCUGAGGUGGCAAAGUGCUCGGACGAUGAGGCUGCACUACGGGCGGCAGCACCGCUGGCCACACUGCUGAACAAAAAUCCAGAUGCUCUGCCCUACGCUGAGCUGGAAGCGAUGGUGCAAUCUUCACCUCGACCCGGCGUGAUGAGCGCCAUUGUGUACAAAGCCUUGGCCACCCAGCAUCACUCCUCCACAACAGCCGCUCGCCAACAGUUUGUGACACUGGCAGUACAGGGCACUUUGCAGAUGAGCUUGGGCACUUUGCUGGGCUUCAUUUUGGAGGAUGAUGGUUGGCGCUUCUCCCGACAAGGCCAUUGCGUGGUGCGCCUCUUGUACAAGCAGCGGGUAUCGCAAGAGCUCUUGCCUGCACUGAUCGAGGCCCACGGCACUUUGACGGCCGAGGGUCGCAGCAACGUUCUGCAAGGACUGGCCAGCAUUCUGGAAGGCGCAUCGGCCCAAUUCAUCUCUGGCCAGGCCGGAAACAUCUUACCCUUGAUUCUCAAGGGCGUCAGCGAGCCUGAUGCAACCUUGGUAGAAGCGUCUCUGCGUGCAUUGCAGCGCAUCAUGCGUAGCACUCCUGCCGCCGUGGACACGCACACGCAUGAUGUCAUCACCCGGCUAUUGAGCCUGGUGCAACCCCAGGCUUUGGCACAAGUGGCCGAGCUGGAUGCCAUCAAGGUAGCGCGCAUCCAACCUGCUUUGCCUGGCGCUUGUUCAUACGUGGCCCCACUGAUACCUGCCCUGCUUGAUGACCAGCUGAUGCCUGAUGCGCGAGUUGUGAUUCGCCAACUGCAAGUUUGCUUGAACGAUCGGAAGCGCGUGGUUCGCAAUGCCGCCGUCAAGUGCCGAAGCAUUUGGAUUGCCAAGUGUGGCUAG